AUGUCCCCAUUCCUCUUCAACUUCGCAAUCGAAGACGUUCUGUCGAAUGCUCUAGAAGGUUUCCAACAUUUUGGCCAAGAGCUUCUACCGGCUGAGCGCACGACCGACUUAGAUUAUGCUGAUGAUAUCGCCUUACUUGGUGACGAUCCUCAGAGUAUGCAACUCAUUCUGGAUCGUUUGGCGGUUGAAGCCUCUAAGUAUGGCAUGAGCUUCGCCCCAUCGAAGUGUAAAAUACUGCUCAAGGAUUGGCUUUCACCUGCUCCCGUACUCACUCUCGAAGGUGCACAACUUGAACAGGUAGAUAGUUUCGUCUACCUUGGGAGCUGUGUUUCUGCUGACAGCACUAUCAACAAAUACGUUUCCCUCCGUAUCGCUAAAGCUCGAUCGGCAUGUCAAUUUGAGGCACUUGUGGCGUCGUCGUGA